GCAAUAUUCAAAGAAACGAAGAGGCCAUCGCGUGAGAUGCAACUAACAAUAAGUCAGCAACUCGGCCUGGAUCCAACCACUGUGGCGAACUUCUUCAUGAAUGCCAGGAGACGAGGCCAUGACCAGCGGACCGACGAUGACAUUAGCACCGUUAGUAGUGGAAGUAGUCACGCUCUGGACGAACAGCAA